CCCUCGUGAGACGAGUGCGCAUGCGCAAAGCUGAAAGCCAAGGGAAUGAAUUCGGAGGCGCAGUUCCAGGAUGCCAUACAAUGCAAGAUCAUGUGCUUCCAAUGUGACCAAUCUAGUGCCUUCGGUUUAAGACAGUGACUGCUCUGAUGUGCAUCGAUUCUUCACGGUGUCUUCUCUGCAAGAGGUAACAAUGAUUUGGCCUCAACCACGAACUUGCUGGUGUUGGCAUGAGAGACCCAGCUGGGACUGGAGGUGAUGUGGGCAGCCAAAGGAUUCUGAGCCAGCCGCCAUGGGUUUCAGGCUCCUAGCCUGUCUCUUCAACCUGCCUGUUGCUGUCGUCUAUGGUUCCUUGUCGCUUUUUAUUUCUAUUCUGCACAAUGUAUUCCUCCUUUACUACGUGGACACCUUUGUUUCUGUAUACAAGAUUGAUAAACUUUCCUUUUGGAUUGGAGAGACAGUGUUUUUGAUCUGGAAUAGCCUCAAUGACCCUCUGUUUGGCUGGCUGAGCGACCGAGCUUUCCUUAGCACACAACAAUCUGGAGUAGAGAUCUCCAAUCCAGAAGUGAUCUUGAAGAGACUGAAAGCACUGAGCCAGAAUGGACCCCUCUUUGCUAUAUCAUUCCUGGCGUUCUGGAUCGCAUGGGCCCACCCAGGCUUGCAAUUCCUCAUCUGCCUCUGCCUGUACGACAGUUUCCUUACUAUGGUGGAUCUCAAUCAGAAUGCCUUACUUGCGGACCUUGCUGUAUCCGCGACGGACAGGACUGGUCUCAACUUCUAUUCUUCACUCUUCAGUGCCAUUGGUUCCCUCUCCGUAUUCAUGUCCUAUGCUGUGUGGAACAAAGAGGAUUUCUUCUCCUUCCGGAUAUUUUGUGUGGUGCUGGCUUUUUGCUCAGCCAUUGGAUUUACAGUAGCUACAUGGCUCCUUAGACAAAGAUUUCAGACGGAGGGACGAGUGAAGUGGGAUGAAAAUGCAGCUUUAAAAGAAUUGUAUGUUGACCAUCCCUCUGGACAUCAAGAGAAGAGGAUCACUCUAGCCGAGUACCUCAAGCAACUAUCCAAGCACCACAACUUUCUCUGGUUUGUCUCCAUGAACCUUAUACAGGUUUUUCACUGCCACUUUAACAGCAACUUCUUCCCGCUCUUCCUAGAGCAUCUGCUGUCCGAUCGCAUCUCACUCUCAAUGGGAUCAUUCCUACUAGGUGUUUCGUAUGUUGCUCCUCAUCUCAACAACCUCUACUUCCUCUCACUUUGCCGGAGGUGGGGAGUUUAUGCUGUGGUGCGAGGACUCUUCUUCCUGAAGUUGUUGCUUAGUGUGAUUAUGCUCCUUGCUGGACCAGACUCUGUUUACCUGCUCUGUUUCUUCAUAGCUAGCAACCGUGUUUUCACGGAAGGGACAUGCAAACUGCUGAACUUGGUGGUCACUGACCUGGUAGAUGAAGACUUGGUACUGAAUCGCAGGCAGCAGGCUGCCUCAGCUCUUUUAUUUGGUAUGGUUGCGUUGGUAACAAAACCUGGCCAGACCUUUGCCCCCUUGAUUGGCACCUGGCUGCUGUGUUCUUAUACUGGUUAUGACAUCUUUCAACGGCAUCCCUUGAGCAACACAGUGAGUGCUCAACCAAAGCUGGCUGCCAACGCUGUCUGGGAGCCAACGCUACGCCAGGGGUGCUUCUACCUCCUUGUUUUUGUCCCUAUCACAUGUGCUUUACUCCAGCUCCUCAGCUGGUCACAGUUCACUUUGCAUGGUAGGCGCCUCCAGACAGUCAAAUCUCAGCGUCAAACCUUCACAGAAAGAUAUUCCCAAGAGAUUAAAACCAUCUAGUUAUGAAUGAGCAGUGAGCAGCAUGUUGACUCCCAAAAAGAAUGGUAAGAGCAAGGAGAAAAAGGAUAAUAGAUGCAUUCUUAGAAGGUCGGUGAGAAAAAUAAAAAUUCAAGCUAUCUCAAACUCCCUGAAAUGCAGGUAUGUCUGGGGUGAGCCUUGCAGAGAUCCUUGUGACUUAAAAGCUUGCAUCUUUUGACACCACCCAAAGGUGGUUCAGACAGUUAUAUCUCCUUGCCUUAAAAACCCACGUCAGCAGGUACUUGCUAAUCAUGCCAGUAUUUAUUCAUUUUCAGAGACAGCUGGCCUGCAAGAAAAGUGACCAAAUGGCAGAUUAUGCAUAUAGUGUGGAUGGGGAUGGGUCAGUAAUAUUUUAACCCUUCGACCAUAUCGUUUCUGGAACUGUUUGCAGACAGGAAUCGCUUGAGAUGGGGAUAGCACUCAUGUGCCCUCUUCUUACCACACUUACUGUGUGUUGUACUCACUUUCCCUCAACUUCUUUGGUAUUUACUGUGAACACAACUAGACUACCUUCAGUGUGCUAGACAACAAGAGUAUUCUGUACUUGCAAAUAGGGUCACUGUAUGAGGCAAAGAUACUUGCUGUGCUAUAAUUUUCAUGAGAGUAUCAACACUAUCAAAUUCUUCCAGCACAAAUACAAUAAUGGGAUUUGUGUUGGAAGGGUAGACUUUGGAGCAUGUUUAGUACCACAGGACUGGGAGGAAUCCUUCACAUUGGAAUCUGAGGCCAACAACUGCAUAAAUUACAGUUUUCAAUAA